AUGAUGUCGCCAAAAGUUUCGUCCGUGAAUGGGUUUGGUGGUCACAAUGGCACAAGUGGUGUGCUUAGCCCACCUAUGUCACCAAAAGGCGCUCUUCGUACCAACGGCCGUCUUGGAUCUUUCACUUCUUCGCGCGCCACGAGUGGGAACUUUGGCGUGAAGUCGUUCGGUAAGCGUGGAGCUUCAGGUGGUGGCUACAAGAUUGGAUUCGUUCAAGAGUCAGCUGUUGCUCUCAGAAAGAAAAGCAUGGCCGAUCUAGGCGCUGGUGUACACCAAAGUAUCUCGGACGUGUCCUAUGUGGAUUUCCUUGAGUGGAUCAGGGCUGAGCGACUUACGACUCUUCCACACAAAGGAAGCCGCUGGGACAAAGUUCUGAUCAGAGCUCUCUACUUUGCGGAACAGCUGCACAAUUUCGACCAGGCGAUCCAGAGUUUUGCUCUCGACAGCCAAGCCGCAGCUGCGGUCGGCUAUGGCCACGCUCGUCUGCUUCUUGAGCUCGGCCAUGAGAAUUCAUCAGCUUUGGAUAAGGCGUUCUCGGUCCUCUACAAGUUUUCCUUGUCAUUUUCGUCGGUUCUGCGGCGUUCCGAGCUGCUCGCAGCUACCGCCGAAAUCCGUGAACAACUAUGUCUCCUCUACACUGACCUUAUCUCUUUGGUCGUUGAUGUUUCAAUCAGAUUCUACAAGACUGCAAAUGGGAUGUCUGCGGGUUCCGCAAGUCUUGACAUCUUCGAGCUCUUUGGUGAGACAAUCGAGGGAUUCCGCACGCGUCAAGAUUCAGUCAUUGAACUGAUCUGGGAAUCCCAGAUUGAGAACGAAGACUUUGAAGAUGGCGAAGCGCUGGAUGUGAAGGUCCUGAGCAGGUGGCUAUCUCCACAGGAUCGCGUUCUGGCAACCCUGAACCGUGACCAUUCUUUCCUUGUGGACCAACAGGUCGAGAUGACUUGCAUCUGGUUCCAAAAAUAUCUCACUAGGUUCCUUCAGAGCGAAAAAAGCUUUUUGUUGGUGACCGGUCAGCCUGGAGCCGGCAAGACUACUCUGGCAGGCUCGAUAGUCGAGCGUCUCCAGCGACCCGUAAAUCGCAAGCAAGUCGACACACUCUUCUGCUCGCUGUCUCCAGACGUCCCCACCACCGCUACUUCUCUUGCAGUCGUCAAGUCAUUGCUUUCGCAGUUGCUCAACCUGCGAGUCGGCAAUAUGGGCAUGUACUAUGCUUUGUUUCGAGCAUACCAACACUGCAGAACAUCCGGUGACCUAAAAACAUACGAAGAACACCUCUGGCAGGCGCUUGAGGAUACAUUAAAGCACCCUAUGGAUGGCGGCAACGAUCUUGUCAUGGUUGUUGAUGGCCUUGACGAGAUUGAGUCCUCUCAAUCAGCUUCGAUACAAGCGGCAGGUGGUAUCAGCUCCGCCGCACUUCUUGACAAGCUUGUCAGUGUUGCCAACCAAGGUCAGAGAGUGCGCCUGAUCACAUUGUCGUCAACUGCAAAAAUGCCUUCCCAGGCGAACGGUAUUCUUCAUGAAGUUUCCCGCGAGGAUGUUCGCGAUGAUCUUCACGCUGUCGCUUUACGAGCACUGGUUCACAACCGCAACUUCCACAGCAAGCCUGGCAAUGAUCAAGAGACCCUCCUUGAUCGCAUCAUUCAGGCAGCCAAUGGCUCAUUCCUGUGGACGAUUCUGGCUUGUGAACUUCUCAAUUCGCAGAAGUCUACCGACGCGAUCACAUCAACUCUACAAAGCCUUGAGACGUCCAAGCCCUCUGUACAGACUCUGGUCCACAAAUUGUUCACUUCUUUCGAACCUACCAACAAUGCAAAGACCCUAUUGUCUUGGAUUCUUGCUGCUGAGCGGCCCCUGACUACUGAGGAGAUCCACACACUCUUCACUGUCGACAUUAAGAGUGGCACUCUUACAGAUAAGGGUGUCGAUGUUCACGAGACACUGCAAGCCCUUAGGCCAUUCCUGUCCUUGAACGAGCACAUCGUUCGUUUCAGGCAUCCAAUCGUUCAUUCUGCUCUUCACGAUCUUGCGCACAAAAACCAGAUAUCGAUCCCUCUCAAGGACAGUGAGACAGAUCUGCUGCUACGAGUGCUUGCAUACGCAAAGUUCACCCUUCGCGACAAGGGCGAACCGACAAUCGACAACGAUGAUCCAACUAUCGCUGACCGUUUAUUCCGCAAGCAUCGCUUCCUUGAGUAUACCGUCAGAUAUUGGGUUCUCCACCUGCAGCAGUCCGCUCUUUUGCCCAAGAACCCGGCUGAUUUCAAGCCCAAUGGAGAUCUGCAGAAGGUGCUACCAGAUACCACCACCUUACCAAUCCUUGAGCAGCUUGUUUGGGGUACGCAACUACCUCUUCCCGAAGCAAUCAACCUGCAUCUCCUUGUCGGCAAUGUGCGACGAGCAGUGUACACAGAGAACCACCCUACUGUCCUCCAGACGUAUCUUGCAGUAGCUACCUCUUACUUGCUUCUCUCUGACACCACACAUGCUUCUUCGUACUUUUUCCAUUGCACAAAGAUCAGCCGCACUGUUCUCAGCGACAUUCAUCCUUUGACAUUAGAAUGUGCGAACCAUUUCCUGAAGAUUUCAGAGUCUAUGGUCACAACCACUCGUACUGAGAUCAUGACUCACCGCGAGCAGAUACUGAUUGUCCUGAUCGAUGCUUACGAGCGUCAGUAUGGCAGUACUUCAGAGCUUGUCGUCCAGACACGUAAGCUCUUAGUUGAGCUGUAUGCUUCCCUCAAAGAGGAAGACAAAGCUAUGGAGAUCUUCCGCCUGAUUCAAGAAGCCACAAUUCAGCACUACGGACGCAACAGUCAUCAAGCACAGGAUAUUGAAGGCCACCUCAAUGUUGUUCUUGGUAAGGGCCGAGGCGAACGCCGUAUCGACAGCUACAAGGAAUCCUUUUUCGAUGACCAGGAUGAUGAGGAUCAGGUCGAGGUCUUCGAUUUUGGCUCUAUCGCCGCCUACAUUCGCAGAGCAGAGUCGUACGCGUCCCGCAAGGAGUUUACACUUGCUGAGCGAACCUACGUCGAACUUUGGCAGCAAGUAUCCUCUCAAUGCCGCACUACACAGUCAAUCGAGUGGCACGAGAAAAACAUUGAGAUUGCGACCGCCUAUUCGCAGUAUCUCAAGACUCAGAAGCGCACCACGGAAGCUGCCGCUGUGCUGACGGUUGUAUGGGAGCAGUAUCAACACCAUCAACUAUCAUACGCAGAGAGUAUUGUAGGCAGACUCACUACUGUGGCAAAAGAAUUGAAGACGAUGGGAUCACACACUAUGGCUUUGUCGAUCUUCAAGCACGCCAGCUCUUUCUACAAGAAUGUCCGUCGGGAGGACUCCAGUGCUUCGCGAGAGAUCAGCAACCAGGUUUCGGAGACUUCCGCAGAACUUGUUCGACAGAGUUUGGCGGCUUCAAGCUCUUCGAGUGAGACGACCACCACGGUGUCCGAAUCAGUUUACAGGGAUGUCUUUUUCUCCAUCAUUCAGUCUUCGAAGACCAUCGAUUCCAGUACAAUUGCUCUUGCGAAGAGACUGUCCGCCAAAUAUGUGGAGGAGCGAAACUUUUCUCAGGCCAUCAGUGUCAUCCAAGCUACGCUGCAGCGAACGUGGUCCUCAUUUCUCUCCUGCUCUAUCCAUGAUGUGACACUCACAUCCACCUUCACUCAAGAUUCCAUCGAGCUUGUCGAACGCCUUGCUGAAUGCUACUUGCAACUGAAACAGAUGGAGAGAGUUGAGGAUACUUACAGUCGCUUUUUCCGCGCUGCACUGGUCACCAAGGAAGUUGACAAGACUGUCUUCGAAAGGUCGCGGACACUGUUGAUCGGCUUCUACGACAAGUAUGGCUACCAGGAUAACGCGAUAAGUGUCUUCCAGGACAUUCUUGUCACCUAUCGUACGAGGUUUAGUCCAACUCACGAGCUUACCAUUCAGACGCUCUACAUCUUGGCUCGCCGAUGUCAACAGUACCCAAGGAACCACCCUUACUGGAUCGAAUACUACCUGCAGAUCAUCUCGAGUCUUAACAAAGACUCGGAGAUCUGCCACAAAGACGCUCUGGAUGCUAUUGUUGUGGUUACAACUACUUAUUGGCAAGAUCGCCGUUAUGCUGAGGCAGUGACUAUUUACCGCACUCUCUGGAACACUUUCAUACGCCAGACAAAGCAACACAAGAUCUUCAGCGAGGAGAAGUUCGUGCAAACUCUCUACGAGCGGUACUCACAGUGCCUUGAAGAGACUAAAGCUAGCUUUGAAUCUCUGUACCAGAUUACCAAGGAGUAUCGCGAGACAGCGAUUGCUACAUUUGGUACUCAAUCCACAAUCGCAAUGGAAGCAACUCUGGCGCUUGCACAGGUGUCGCAACGCAGCGAAGAGCAUGUUUCUCAAGCAAUCUCACUCUACGAGGAGGCUUCCAGGUCAACCAAGACAACCACCUCGACUACCAGGUCGAACGAGAUGAAGCAGGCUUUGUCGUCGCUUUACGUUCGCCAGAUGAAAUCCCAGUCGUCUUCCAACUACAAGGCUGAACACGUUGAGCGCGCUCUUAGUAUGACGCAAGAGCAACUGAAUGAUUCUAUCAGCAAAUAUGGCUACUCGCACGAGUCAUCGCUCACCCACUUUAGGGAGCUUGCGACUCUAUAUCAGCGCCAGCAGAAGACAGAUCUGGCUGUCAAGACUCUCACCAAUGCCGUGUCUCAGAUCAUGUUGAAGGAGACUUCGUCGCAGAAGCAAAUCGAGUCCGCAGCUUCCAUCGCAGCCAGUUUCCAUGCCUGCCAGCAAACCGCCGUUGCUCACAGUCUGGUACAAGAAUUGCACCGCCAGAUCUGCGCGAAGGAUACACGCUACGCUUCUAAAUGGUCCUUUGAUCUCACCAAGACCAGCCGUGCCUCUUUGGCAUUCCUUGCUUCCCUCCAGUACAACCUUCGCAAAGAUCUGAACGUUACCUUUGCUGAGAUCAUGGCCAGCCUCACUAUGGAGUACAUCUACUUCGAGCAGUUUAGACAGACUCUAUUGAACAACGAGUCGCUGACCAACAUCCUGCUGACGGCUGCUCCACUCCGCUUCUUCUUACGCCAAAAUGGCCAGGACGAGAUGAUUACCGUUGUCGAGGACCAAGCAGUUGAUCUUUUUGAGAAGCGUGACGCUCAGGAUCUCCACACACUCAGCAAGGAGACACCCCGCAUCUUCAUCGUUGGGAUUCUGGACCACCUAGGUUCCGGCAGGAACAAGGAUUUCAAUCGAUCAGUUAUCCUGGCUAGUAACGACAGUACCGCGAAGCUGACCAAGGCAAAGAAGUUUCCUGAAGCCUAUGACGUCGCCAACCUUGGCUUCCUGUAUGCCAGCAAGCACGAUGGCUACAAAGGACCAAGGUCCAUUGGCAUGGGUUUCAAGCUUGCAUCAUUGCUUGUUGGUCGUGACAGCGAGAAGGCUACUGAUGCUGGAUUGCGAAAGAAGAUGCUCGAGUUGUCAAACAAGAUUGUCAGAAAGAUCCUUGAUAUCUGCAAGAGUCUGAACAUCAACUUCGCUCAGAUUCAACUCUUCGAGCUCAGUCACUUGUCUGUGCUGUUGGGUGAACAAAACGACUAUGCCACUUUGGAGUGGUUGUUGACCACCCUGUGGAAUACCAGAGAUGCUCAACGCUCCUGGCCUGCAGAGGUCCUCCUCAACCUCGGCCGCCGUCUUAUCUGCGCUCGCUACCUCGCCGGAUCGCCCAUCAAAGCCAUUCGUCUCGCCGAAGACAUUGCCUACAACAUGCGCCGGGCCCACGGCCCCCGCGCACCCGUCACAAUCGAGACAUACGAGCUGCUUGCUCAGUUAUACACAAGCAUGGGACAAUCAUACCAGGCGAAGGCGUCCUCAGAGAAGACAGGCCCGUUAGCGCAAGAAUACUUUAAGAAGGCUAUAGGUGUGCACGAGGAUAUCCUCCGUCUUGUUGUGCACGAUCAUGGCUCUGGUGACGACUCGGAUGAUGAGUUGGACACCACUGCCUACUUGCUUGCCAAGGAGGGCGUCAAUGUUCAAAAGCAGGAGGGUCAGCCCACGGCUGUGCUCGAUGCGGACAACAUUGACAAGUCUGCCAUUGCGCUUCGCCAUUUGCACCUCCUUAAGCUCUCGUACCAGCGUCUCGGCGGCUGGCCUAAGGCGUACGACGAAUACGAGCGACUGAAUGCUCAGAUCUUCCGUACGUUCGGCGCCGAGUCGAAGUGGAAGGGUGUACAGGGCACUGAGAAGUGGAGCGCGAAGGAAUAUGGUCACGGCAAGGCUGAGUCACAAGACGGCUCGUUCAAGAGCAUCGGGGAUUGGGCUCUUGGCAGCGAAAAAGUGAUUAUGCAGGCCCAGAGCAGGCCCCAGCAGAGUGGAUCCAAUGGUCUGCAGGUUGGUAAGUUACGCACCGAGCCCAAGCAGGUUGUUGCGUACGCAUAA